AUGGCUAUGGCAGCGAUAUCCUCGUCAAUAAUGGAAGUGAUCGGGGGCAACCCGUUCGGUACGAUCAUCGGUCAGAAAGUAGAGCAAGCAACUGACCCUAGUCUUGCGUCGGAGAACUGGGGCAUGUUUAUGGAGAUUUGUGACUUGGUGAAUUCCUCAGAGGAUGGUCCCCGUGACGCUAUGCGUGCGAUUCGAAAACGGCUGCAGAGCUUUGUUGGGAGGAACUAUUCGUCCAUCAUUUAUGCACUCACGCUAUUGGAAACGUGCGUUAAAAACUGCGGACAUCGGUUUCAUGUUGUGGCUUGCUCCAGAGACAGCGUUCAAGACUUGGUGAAGAUCAUUGGCCCAAAGUACGACCCUCCGCAGGUGGUGCAAGAAAAGGUUCUUGGACUGAUUCAAGCCUGGGCUGAGGCAUUUCGAACGCAGCCGGAUUUGCAAGGCGUCGUGCAAAUGUAUAACGAUCUGCGCGCCAAGGGUGUUCAGUUCCCCCCAACGGACUUGGACAGUAUGGCUCCGAUCCGGACGCCGCCGCGGCUAGACAUUGUCGAGUGCAACGUGAAGGUGAUGCGGGAAAUGCUCGGCGACCUGGUGCCGGGAGAGGAGCAUCCCGAAGACGCAGAGCUGUUGCAAGACCUGUUCGUGACGGUCCGUGAGAUGCAGCAGCGGGUCGUGGCGCUCAUCAGUAACGUGAGCCACGACGACCUCGUCGCCGACCUCCUGCGCAUCAACGACGACCUCAACACCGUGUUCCUCGCCUACGGCAAGUACAAGCGAGCGAGGGCGAGCAAGUCGAAUAAUGAUGGCAACAACCACCACCAGCAGCAGCAGAAGAAGCAAGCGAUUGGCGGCGGCGAGUCCCUGAUUGAGUUUGACGAGCAGAAACUUGCGAGUGAUGUUGGAGCCCUGGGUGUUGGAGGGCAUGACGCGCCUUCGGAGACAGCGGGUGAUUCUGUGGAGGAUUCCGAGUUCGACAUGUUUGCCCAAUCGAGAUCGUCUUCGUCUAAAAACCGAGGGGCAUCGUACGAGGAUAAUAUCAACAUUGAAACGGCGCCGAGAAGUCUUGGCGAAACGGCGCAGACGCGGCUACUUCCUAGAGAUGAUCACCUUGCUUGGUUGGUUGGUUCUGAGCUCUGGCCUUGUGGGAUGAGCUUGAACUGGUGCUGGAGAUGCGUUACAUUGAUGCGUUAUAUUCUUUGUAUCUCUGACUCUGUAAUGAACAACGACGACGACGAGCAGCCGGGACACGAAGGGAUGACCAGCUCUGAAUUUGACGAGUUCCUCGCCGAACGGGCAUCUGCAGGCCCCGGCUCCACCGCCUCCGCUACCAACAGGACGAGGCUCGCUGCCGAUAAGCGCCACGAGGAGGACGGCAUGUUUGGCCUGUGA